CAACAACAAAAAGUUGCUUGCACCCAACUGAACGUGUCAUUAACUUCUCUCAAAAGGAAAAGUGGGAAAUAUGAAGUCACUCUUUCAAAAGCUAGUUUCUCAAUGUGCUAUAUUCAUAUUCAUAUACAUAUGUUGGUGUUGUGCCGCAACAUUCAUCUUUCAACAUGCUUCUUGUGUGAGUCUGCGAAACCAUGAAACAGUGCCAGCAGUGUUUACAUUUGGGGACUCUAUACUAGACACUGGAAACAACAACCAUAUCCCCACUCUUAUCAGAUGCGAUUUCAAACCAUAUGGUAGAGAUUUUGGUGAAGGAAAUCAUCCAACCGGGAGGUUCAGCAAUGGCUUAGUCCCUUCAGACAUCAUUGCUGCAAAGUUUGGAGUCAAGAAGCUUCUACCUCCUUAUCUUGAUCCAAAUUUGCAACUUCAAGAUCUCCUCACUGGAGUAACCUUUGCCUCAGGUGGUGCUGGGUAUGAUCCUCUAACAGCUAUAUUAGUGUCAGUGAAAUCAUUAUCAGAUCAAUUAGACAUGUUCAAGGGGUAUAUUAAGAAGAUACAAGAAGCAGUUGGAAGCAACAGAACAGCAAUGAUAGUGUCUAAAAGCAUAUACAUAGUGUGCUCAGGAAGUGAUGACAUUGCCAAUACAUAUGCUGAAACGCCAUUUAGGAGAUUCAAGUAUGAUAUUCCAUCAUAUACCGACUUUAUGGCUUCAGAAGCCUCAAAAUUCUUGCAGGAACUUUAUGGAUUAGGAGCUAGAAGGAUUGGAGUAUUCAGUGUACCAGUUGUAGGGUGUGUGCCUGCACAAAGAACAAUUGGUGGAGGCAAGCACAGAGCAUGUGUAAACUCUUCCAACCAAGCAGCAGUACUCUUCAACUCCAAGCUCUCUUCUCAAAUUGAUCAACUUGCAAAAAAGUUUUCAGAUGCUAGGCUUGUGUAUCUUGAAUCUUACUACCCAUUUCUGGACAUCAUUCAAAAUCCUGCUAAAUAUGGUUUUAAAGAAACAGAGAAAGGAUGUUGUGGAACUGGGUAUAUAGAAGGCGCCAUUUUGUGUAACCCUUAUACCAGAAACUCAUGCUCAAAUACUUCCGACCAUGUAUUCUGGGACAGUUAUCAUCCUUCAGAAAAGGCUUAUUAUGCACUUAGUUCUCUAGUGCUUGAGAACAAAAUGAAGGACUUCUUCUGAGUACACUUAUCUAAUUCUAAUCAAACUGCUAAUUCAUGAUAUCGUGUUACUACCUAGUAAGUUUUAUUUUGUUCCGAAUUCAGAUUAGAAGUGAUUGCA